AGAAUUAAUGUUUCAUAAAGUGUUGAAUUAAAUACUGAUCAGCAAACAGAUUUAGUGUGCCCUACUGCCCUUCAAUCUUGAUCGAAGGAAGAGCCAUCAUAGUAUUUCCGAAGUGGCUUCUGCAAUGAGGGGUCAUUCGAGAUUUGAUCACGACCAGAUUUUCCUUAAGGACAGAUGCGCAAAUUUCAAGGCCAAAGAGGAUGACGCGGGUGGAGCCGGAGACGCAAGCGGUGGUUCCGGAUCCGCCGCUGUGACAUCGCCGACAACACAGAGAACGCCUGUUGACGAAGAUUCAAUCUGUUGUGUCGGAUGCGGUUAUAAGUUCUCGGAGCAUUUUAAAGAAGGUCUUCAAAAACUGCCUCCUGGGUCUCUGUGGAACCGAGACAUCCACAUGAAGAAGCAUCAGUUGGUGACUCACGGAAAACUGCGGUUCGUCAACGAACUCGAAGGCGAUUCGAAAGAAUGCGAGUUUGUGACUGUAGCUCACGACGCUGCGCCGAAUGGCGUGUUGUCAUUCAUGGCCAAUCAGUGGUCGCUCGAAGAAGCGGGGCGCCCGAACCUCAUCGUCUCCGUGUUGGCCGGACACGAGGCGUCCCGACUGACUCCGUUCCAGCGUGAACGUAUCCGAGAGGGCCUUGUGAAAGCGGUGUCCACUACGGACUCCUGGAUCAUAACUGGCGGAACUCACGUGGGGUUGACCAAAGUGGUAGGGGAGGCGGUCAGGCAGGCUGAGUACAGGGAGUGGGUGGGGGAACAGCAUUCAAGUGUGAAGUGUAUCGGAAUUAACACCUGGGGAACUAUUGAUAAUCAUCAGGCUAUGGCUAAUUGGCUCAAAUCGGAUCACCAUAAAGGUCCUCGCUACGAGGAAAGAGACAAGGAGCCUUACAGGUACAAAGUGAGGCAAAAAACGGAAGUGGGUCAAACUCCCUUGAACCCAAAUCACUCGUUUUUCGUCCUGGUCGACAAUGGCAUGAGAAAUGAGCCCAAUUCUGAAGUGGACGUGAGGUGUGGAAUCGAAGAGAUUUUGAGCAAACAGGGUCUCCCCUCGAAAAGUGAUUAUAGAGGUCAUGUCGCUAUGGGGGGCAAUGCAGGAUCCAGGGGAGCCCAAAGACACAGAGAAAAGAAGCAGAUCCCGUUGGUAGUGGUUGUGGUGGGUGGCAACAUCACCUCUUUCCGUGCCAUCGCCAGGUCCCUCGAGAACGGCAUCCCAGUGGUUCUCUGUGAGAUGGGCAUCACAACUUCCGCCUCGGAUAUAAUCACACAGUCGCUCAAAGUGGCUGUGGAGAAAUCGGACAACGAGAAGUGGCUGACGCCUGAGAAGGAGUCGAGUAUUAAGAAGAUGGUGGCCGACGCCUUCUUCCCCGGCCAGCCGCAGGAGGGCGACGUGGAGGCGGAGUUGAAACACGUCAUCAUGAACAUCAACACCUGCAUCAAGAAGGAGAACCUUCUCACAGUCUACAAGGUCGGCAAAAGUGGUACGCAAGAAUUGGAUGCCGCGAUCCUCCAUUCACUGUUGCAAGGGGAUGUGGCCAAAAACGAAGACCCCCUUGAAUUGGCAGUCACCUGGAACCGAGACGAUGUCGCAGCCUCGGACAUCCUCUCGAACGAAAUGGACAUUUCCCAGCGGGAGAACAUGGAUAAGUUGAUGCUGAGGUCAAUUAUGGAGUGUAAGACUAACUUUGUGAAGUUGUUCAUGGAAUGUGGGUUUGUGAUGAAGGAUUUCUUGACUGCGAAACGACUGGAGUUGCUGUACAAUUACGCGGCCCAGUCAAAUGAAGUGUUGGCCUGGCUACUGAAGAAAACCGUGAGGACUAAGAACAAGUCCCGACGGUACACUCUAAAAGAUGUGUCACGUUUGCUCCGGUCACUCACUGGAACAGACACCGGGUCUCGUGACAAUGCAGAGGGAACGCAAGUGGACACUAUAACCUCAGAGGAAAACGGAUAUACAAAGACGUUCGACUACCCAUUCGUGGAAUUAUGUCUGUGGGCUAUUCUGGCGAACCGCAAACAAAUGGCUCUGUUCUUUUGGGCACACGCUAAGGAGCCAAUAAUGUUGGCUUUGAUAGGGUCCAAACUAUGGUCAUCCUUGGCCCAUAGACUAUGGCCUGGUGAAGACGUCUUCGAGCCGGAGUUUGAAGCAAACUCACAAGAGUUCCAAGAACUCGCAGUUGGAGUGAUUGACGUUUGCUACAAAACAGACCACGAGUUGGCUAAGCGUCUGGUGGAGCAGAAAAGUCUAAUUUGGCGCGGGAAGACGAGAAUGGACGUUGCAGUAUUGGCUAAUUGCAAAUUCUUCCUGGCGACCGCUUGUGUGCAAGCGUGCGUGGAAGGAUACUGGAAGGGAAACCUUCGUUGCAAGGUUCUCAACAUCGUGUGGUGUUUGGUGAAUCCAGUGGCGAUCAGUGGCCUGGAUGUGGUGACGGCGCCAGAUGGCGAGGACGAGGAUAAUUACACGAAUAAUGAACAUGAGUUGGACGUGAUGGGAACUGGAGUUGUGGCCAAUAGUCAGAUCCCAGCCACUGAACACGAAACUCUUCUGUGCAAUAAAGAUAACUUUGACAAUGACCGCCUGGAGCACGUUGGAGACGGGAUGAAACUGAAUAACUGCGGAGCCGAAAACGAGAAUCUCGAGGUCGUUUUUCGAGUGCCGCAGAAGCAUGGGGUAGACGCCAACGGUCGCCUCAACGGUGGGCCUCGCAUCUCGUUCUUGCAGAAGGCCAAGAUAUUCUACACGGCGCCAGUGACAAAAUUCAUAACCCAUUCUACUGCUUAUAUAGUGUUUCUUCUCAUGUACUCAUGGAUGGUAUUGAAUAUAACGAGUGAGAAUAAAAUACACUGGAUGGAGAUUCUAGUUGUAGUUUUGGCUACAUCUUAUGCGGUUGAAGAAAUACGACAGCUUUCUCAACCGGAGUUGGUGACUGAAGAUGCGACUUGGAGUAAGAAGCUGAAGGGGUACUUGGCGUCCGAGUGGAACAUCAUAGACGUCAUCUACCUGUCCAUGAUCUUCACUGCAUUUGGACUGAGUGCCAUAGGCAGUAUGAGGGAGGUGUCCCGUAUUCUCUAUGGCAUGGUCACUCUCCUCUUGUGGCUCAGAGUGAUCAGACUCUACCAGGCCAUCGGUCGUCUGGGACCUCUGUGGAUCAUGAUGCGGAAGAUGUUCAAAGAGAUGCUCAUCUUCAUCACAGUGUUGCUGGUGUUCCUCCUUGGCUAUGGCAUCUGCACCAUCGCUCUCAUCUUCACCCAGGAGCAGCUGAAGGAGAAGCCUCUCACGGACACGUUGGAGUUCGUAGUGUUGAUUCCUUCUCUGCAGAUGUUCGGAGAACUGUUCUUGGAGACACUGGUUGAAAAACGGCUAGAAGAUCCAGAUCGCCAGGCGAAUGGAUCCGAUCCGGAUUCGAAUGGAACUUCGUCUGUAUUUGAGCAGAAUGAGUUCCAGGCUAGUUUGACUGUGUGGCUGUUGGCUGCCUACCUGCUUAUUGGCAAUGUCCUCAUCCUCAACCUCCUCAUCGCCAUCUUCGGACACAUCUACGAGGUGGUGGCUGAGAACUCGACGAUAGAGUGGAAGAAUGAGAUGUUUCUGCUGUGUCAGGAGUACAGUGACAAGCCAGUCCUCCCCCCUCCACUCUCCAUCUUCGAGACAUUCUACCUCUUCUUCACCGAACUCUGCUGCAAGAAGGACGACGAAAAUGAGCUGUCCAGUACGAUGUUGGAGCGCCUGCGUAUCUUCGAGAGCUAUUGUGCUUCCAGUUAUCGACAGGAGAAAGAGGCGCACAAGACUCUUGAAGAGAACAUCAAGAUACUCGCAGAGCAUGCUGACGAGGAGAUGGAGAAGAUCAACGACAUGAUAAAUGUGGUGGACUACUUGAGACAAGAUUUGGAGCCGCAGGAUAAGAAGAAGGGAAACAAGAAGAAGCGAGGAGAGAGGGAGAGAGCGGCUGCGGCGGCCCCCUCAGCUACUCAGACCCUCAGCCAGAGCUCCGUCCAGGACAAGAGCGGCGCAGGAGGCCAGAACCAAGGCUCCUCCAAGACGCUCCAGGCAAAAAACUAACGAAAACUACAGAUAAUUAAACUACUUUUUACAAUGAUUCAAUUUAUAAUUAAGGGCAGGGAAAAUUGCUACAGAUAUUAGAAGAGGCGCUGGAGUGUUUUGUAAUUUGAAAAUUUAGUUGAAAAACAAUAAUCAUUCAUUAAUAUAUAAGCCUAUUUUGUCAGUUCUGAAUAAGAGUUUUCUCGCACUGUUUGGUACAACUGGGCUCGAAUGAAUAAAUCAACAAAUUUUAUCUGAGACAGCGCUUCAUAAAUAUCUUCCAAAUUUAACAGUAAUGUUUCCGGCUUUGAUUAUUAUCGAGAUAUUUUCAUAACUGAAACCUAAACCUGGAUUUUAUACGAAGCUUUUAAAUUGUCACAUCGUGUCUUUAAUAUUAGUGAAAUCAGUGCAUUAUGAGUGUAAAAUAAAAUUGUUCUUUUUUAGCUGAAAACUAGUAGGAAGAUAUAGACUUGGAAACAUCCGAUUGUUGCUUUGCGAACUUUGAGAAUUUUGUAGUUAAAUUUCCAGUGAAAUUCUUAGUGAAUGAUUAAGUUAUUCUAUAAUUUUCAGGAAGGUUUACAUUCUUACUAACAAAACCACGCUAAGUAAUUUGAGGUUGAGGGUGGUCGCUUUUAUUGUGCGGUAACUCAGUAAAUGGAUGCAGUUUUCUAUCAGUUUAGUUUAAUUCUCAUGCUUAAAUCGCUUGAAAAUUGGCAAUUUAUAUGAUUUUUCAAUCUGAUAAAUUAUAAAUUUAAUGCUAAGUUUUGCCUGCCAUUUGAAUUCGAGUGGUGGUUUCAUAGCUUUUGUAAUUCUAUGAGGAUGUUGUUCAAAUUAUAAUUUUACUAAUUCAUUAAUUCAGAGAAUGCAGGUAAUUUGGCAUGUUUUAUGAAAUAUUUUGACCAAGUCAUUAUUAUUAUUUAUUUAUU